AUGCAGAUCACAGCUCUCCUGUUCGGCCUCGCCGCCACAGUCCUGGCCAUGCCAGAGCCUGCUAUCACCCCAGUGGCAGAGGUAAGCAUCAACACGACUCACGCCAGACCUCAUGCUCAUAUGUCACAGCUUGUCGAACGCCAACAAGAGAUUGGUGGCGGAGCAGCUGGCACUCUUGGACCAUUCGACGGUACUGCAGGCGGUGCCAUCAACGGCCCAACUGGCUUCGUCCAGGGAUGUCUUGGAGGAGCUGGACCAGGCGCUGGUACCACAGUUUGUUUCCCCGUCGCCACUGCCCCUGCACCAACAAACACUGAAUCGCACGCCGCUGCCGGGAACGUCGCUGGAACUCUCGGCCCAGCUUCAGGCUUCGCUGAUUCUGACGGUCUUUGCAUUGGGGGUGCUGUUGGCAACAAUGGAUUCACAACAUGUCUUAUGCCAACACCGAGCUCGUAG